AAUCGAUCUUCUUUGCAUCCUCUCUUCCACCUUAUCUCCACCACGGCUGUUACUAUCGUCGUCCUUGAUAACGUUUAAGGAAUCGUACGGUUGUGGGAGAUUUCGCUAAACACUUGGAUCUCGAUAAAACCUUGAGUGCCUCAAAGCAGAUCGAGAUCUAUUCAGCCUGGAUAAGUGGAGAGAAAAGGAAGAAGGAGAUGAUGAUCCUUGAGGAAGAAGAAAAUGAAGAGAGGGAGACGGAGAGGAAGGAUGAUCGGAGAUAUUUACAAGAGAAGUGAGUGUCAAGGGAGUUGGAGUUAACGCUAUUGUUGUUGUUGCUGGAAGGAAGCUUUGGUCAUGGAGAUUUGUGCGUGUGGACCACAGUGAUUUGAUCUUCCAGCGAAAACAUCUAAGAGAGAAGAAUUUAGUUACCCAUAAACAAUGGAUUCCACUCAUGCCAUGAUUGCCCAAGCUUGGAAAGACCAGACGCCACAUGUUCGGUUAGAUCGAAUAUUUGGUGUGACACAUGAAAGGAGCUUAGAUGUUAACGUGGCUGUGGAGGUUCCUUUGAUUCCAUUGGUGAAUCAGGUUGGACGGAUGGUUCUCAACGACAUAACACAGUUCAUGCAGCAAAAAACGGGCAUCAAAAAUCAAACACAUACUGUCAGCUGAAUCAUACUUCAGUCAGCCAUUACAGCUGCUCCUGAUGAUCGGAAAAGCCCAAAACAGAGAAGAGAAAGAGAGAGCCGGAAGUACUUUCGAUAUAGGUGGCAUCAGGGCAGGCUCAAAAGAAUUUAGGCCCCUCGGAAAAAAAAAUUGUCUUGUGGGAAAAACUUUUUAAUGAGUUAAAAAUUAUUUUUUAAAAUAUAAUUAUUUAAUCUAUUUUAUUAUUUAAUAUGAAAAUUUUCUUUUAAAAAAAGAAAUUCUGAAAAUAUAUAAACCAAAAUUUAGUAACAAAUAUAUUUAUAUCUAUUUUUAAACUAAAAAUUUCAAAUAAAUUCUAAAACAAAAAUUUUUGGACCAUGGAACCUGGGACGGUCGCAUUCUCCGCCCUCCUGUCUAAGCCGGCCCUGGGUGGCAUAAUGUCAUAACAAGUCAAAGACUGUGGAUAGAUAUGUUUCGGAGCAGCAAAAUGUUUACUAAGUCUACUCAUUUUCUCCACCAAAGAAAAAUCAUAGGAUGCUUCGAUAUUAUUUUCAAAUAAGAUAUCUACAUUCCACCAGAAAACCAUUCCCAUGUAGAAAGAUUCCGGCGGUCCCGUCAACCGAUUGGUGUAAUUUAUAUAAGCUGGAAACCAGAUCUCAUGUGUUUUUCAUUCUACACUAGCAGAAAACAUCAACCUAAUUCCUUUAUUUUCCGCAUUUCUGGUAGGUACUUAAAAGAUUCCUAUUAUAUUGACACUAAAAUAAAAUAAAAUAAAAUGAGACACAAGAAAAAAAUGGGGAAAAAACUCAAAGAAAAUUAUGCGCUCAAAUGAAUGGCAAUAUAAAAUGGACCGAAGUAAAAGGAAAAUAAAAAGCCAUUAUACGAAGCCAAAUAAGGUGGCACUACACAUAAGUAAUGAUAGGAAGAUGAACAAUAAUUUGUAGAGGACUUGAAUAUACAAAAAUCAAAACACCUAACCUGAAAGCACAAGAAAUUCAAAUAACAAAAAAGAUAUGAAUGGUAAAAUGCUUAAAACAACACAAAUGAACCCGCACACAAGGGUGUACUCAUUUGCACACAUUGAGAUAGAGCAACAACUCCAUCAAUGAUCCCACACAUUGUGAUAGAGCAGCAACGGUUGUGCAGGGACACUCUAGUUAUUAUAAAAUUAAAAAAAAAAAAAUCUCCAAAAAUAAGUACAAAGGAGGAGAUAUCACCAAAAUAAAGUAAAAGAAAAAAAAAAAGACCACCAAACCCGUGGAGUUGUUGUGUUGCCAUUUCAUACCUUGGUAAGAGGCGAAAGCCAUAGCCAAAGCCUCUCUCAAUCCUCAAACCCCCUUUUGCUUUACGUUCUUCUCUCUUCGAUAAUUCGAUUCCUUUAGUCUCACGGGGGUUCCCUUUUGAUCUUCAAUCAAUCUCUCUACCAAAGAGAUUCUUUUUAUUUUUCCGAUCUGCGCGCCCAUCGGGAUCGACCCAGUUUCUCCAGUCAUCUGGUACGUUUGAUCAGGAAUUCGAGAGGACAAGAACAUCGAAUCAGUUGAUUUGAUUCAGGUUUGGAUUUUAACUGGUUAAUAAGAUGGAUGAAAACAAUGGAGUCUCAACCUCACUUCCACCAUUCCUCACCAAAACAUAUGAAAUGGUAGAUGAUUCCUCCUCUGACUCGAUCAUAUCUUGGAGCGAUCACAACAAAAGCUUCAUCGUCAAGAGCCCCGCCGAGUUUUCGAAAGACCUUCUUCCAAGAUUCUUCAAACACAAGAACUUCUCCAGCUUCAUCCGCCAGCUCAACACAUAUGGUUUCAGAAAAGUCGAUCCGGAGAAAUGGGAGUUCGCAAACGAAGAUUUCGUUAGAGGCCAGCCUUACCUAAUGAAGAACAUCCACAGGCGAAAACCGGUUCACAGCCACUCGUUACAGAACCUACAAGCGCAGAGUCCUUUGUCUGAAUCAGAAAGACAGAGCAUGAAGGAUCAGAUCGAGAGGCUGAAGAGGGACAAAGAAGUCCUUCUCACGGAUUUACAGAACCAAGAGCUUGAGCGUAAAGGGUUUGAGCUGCAAGUAACCGCGUUGAAAGACCGGUUACAGCACAUGGAGCAGCGUCAGAGAUCGAUAGUGACAUUCGUUUCACAGGUUUUGGAAAAGCCAGGGUUUUCUCUAAACCUAGAAACCCACGAGACAAGGAAAAGAAAGCUGCAAGAGACAGAGACUUCUCUUCCUCCGGGCCGGUCACACGCAGAUCAGGUGGAGAAGUUGGAGUCUUCUUUAACGUUCUUGGAGAAUCUUGUCACGGAAUCUUGCGACAAGGGUAUGGAUAUUGAUGUGAACGAGUCAACUAGCUGCGCGGAGAGUCUAAGCAAUGGAGAUAACCGAGCCAAGUCAACAAAGAUUGAUAUGAACGCAGAGCCUGUUACCGUUGCUGUUGCUGCUCCAAAGACAGGGGUUAACGAUGUGUUCUGGGAGCAGUGUUUGACAGAGAAUCCGGGAUCGAUUGAACAGCAGGAAGUUCAGUCAGAGAGAAGAGAUGUUGAUGCAAAUAAGAUUGGAGAUGGAAGGACGUUUUGGUGGAAAGCUAAGAAUGUAAAUGAUAUUGCAGAGAGAGCUUGAUAUUUAAGCUCUUUUGUAAAAUAGAUUUUUUUAUUUAUUACUACUUCUGAGAUCACUGUCUUGUGGUUCAUUGUUUAUUCUGUUUCUGUACGCUAUUGUUUUGGGGGAAGAGUAAUAUAGAUGCAUAUUGGCUCUGGAUUUA